GGAGUGGCCACUUCCUUCUGAUACCUGAUCCUGGCUGUGAGGUCACAGUUUCCUCAUAAAUAAGAAGUCUUGUGAGAGGGAGGACUCCACUCAGGGACAAGAGCAGCCCUCAGCUCACUUCGCCAGCUUCUCAACAUCUCCAUCAUGUCCUUCAGUGCUGACCAAAUCGCUGACUUCAAGGAGGCUUUCCUCCUCUUUGACAGGACUGGCGAAAGCAAGAUCACAUUAAACCAAGUUGGUGAUGUGCUGCGUGCUCUGGGUACCAAUCCAACCAAUGCAGAGGUCAAGAAAGUUCUGGGAAACCCCAGCAAUGAAGAGAUGAAUGCCAAGAAAAUUGAGUUUGAGCAGUUCCUACCCAUGAUGCAGGCCAUUUCCAACAACAAGGACCAGGGAAGUUAUGAAGACUUUGUUGAGGGUUUGCGUGUCUUUGACAAGGAGGGCAAUGGCACAGUCAUGGGCGCUGAGCUUCGUCACGUGCUUGCUACCCUGGGUGAGAAGAUGAAGGAGGAGGAGGUGGAAGCCCUGAUGGCAGGUCAAGAAGACUCCAAUGGCUGCAUCAAUUAUGAAGCCUUUGUCAAACACAUCAUGUCCAUAUAAAUGGAACUCUCCAGAACAAGUGAUCUUUAUGAAGACUGACUGGAAACUAAGUCAUGAAUUUUAGGAACAUUCAGAUUCAACUUUCCAGAUCAGUUGACCAACAAGGCAGGAAAAACCAAAGGAAUUUGGACUAUAUUAUACUGAAGGCCUCCCCAAUUUUUUAUGUACCUUCAAGUUUCCUUCUCAGUCCUCAAGUUAUAUUUCUACUGCACAAGUCAAAUGUUUGCAGCAGCAAACAACCUGGACAAAGUUUCUACAGGUCUCAAGUCUAAGUUAUCUCUCUUACCAUGCUAUCCACCAUGGGUAAAUGUGUACCCUUGAAAGAAUCUAACAAUCAAUA